UUAACCACACCGGAAAUGUGAGUGUGAACGUCUGGGACGGAUGACGUCAUCCUGAAAGUCCUCUAUUCUCUGUGUUAUGCAAGGAGUUGGUGCUGGAGAAGCGCGUUCUUGUGAAUGUUACACAAGGAGGAGGUUUGUCUUGGCUGCCAAACUGAUCCUAAGGUACCUGAAUUUGCUUCGUCCCUUAACCACAGCCAGAAUUAUGUCUCAAAAAGGAAAGGCCACAAAGAGCAAGAAAGAAGAGUCUAGUAGUGAAAAGUCUGAUGGCAGCCAGAAAACUAGUAAAAUGCUAGAGCCCAAACCCAAGUCAUCCUCUACAGCUAUAAGUCCAGGGAAAAGAAAAUCUGAGGGCUCUGCUAAGGAAAAAUCAAAAGCAAUAUCUGAGACAAGUAGUAGUGAAAGCUCAGAUAUUGAUGCCAAGAAGAGAAAGAAACAAGAAAAAAAGGAUGAUGCUGAAGGUGGAAGUUUGGUAGAUGCAAUGAAGAGAUCUCGUCUGGCGACUGCUGCCUCUGUUUCAGAAUUUAAAUUUAAUAAGAAGAGGGUGCGGUUGGUAUCUGCUGAAGAAAACCUGAAAGAUGAUGCCCAGGGCAUAGUCUACUGGAUGUCAAGAGAUCAGAGAGUUGAAGACAACUGGGCUUUUCUAUACGCUCAGCGCUUGGCUGUGAAGCAGAAGCUACCAUUACAUGUUGUUUUCUGCUUGGUUCCGAAGUUUUUGGAUGCCACAAUACGUCAUUAUGGUUUUAUGCUGAAGGGUCUGAAAGAAGUUGCUGAGGACUGUAAGGAGUUGAACAUUCCUUUUCAUUUGCUCAUUGGUUAUGCUAAGGAGGUUCUUCCAGACUUUGUGAAGAAGCACAGCAUCUGUGGAGUAGUGGCGGACUUUUCUCCUCUUCGUGUCCCUAUGCAAUGGGUGAAGGAUGUCUCUGAACGCUUACCCAAGAAUGUACCUCUAGUCCAGGUAGAUGCCCAUAAUAUUGUGCCCUGCUGGAUUGCCUCUGUCAAACAGGAGUAUGGAGCUCGAACCAUCCGCAGAAAAAUACACGAUCAGCUUUCUCAGUUUCUCAGUGAAUUUCCUCCAGUUACCAAGCAUCCAUAUGACUCCACAUUUAAGGCAGAGCCUAUAGAUUGGGAAAAGUGCUACGACAGUCUGGAAGUGGAUCGCACAGUCAAGGAAGUAGAAUGGGCAAAACCUGGGUCAAAGGCAGGAGUGGCCACGCUGGAAGCAUUUAUAACACAACGCCUAAAGUCUUUUAACUCUGACCGGAACAACCCAAAUCAGCAGGCCCUUAGCAACCUUUCACCUUGGUUUCACUUUGGCCAGCUGUCUGUGCAGAGAGCAAUCCUGGAGGUACAGAAGUAUCGCAGCAAGUACAAAGAAUCUGUGGACAGUUUUGUUGAGGAAGCUGUAGUGAGGAGAGAGCUGUCAGAUAACUUCUGUUAUUACAACAAGAACUAUGACAAAGUGGAAGGUGCUUACGAUUGGGCAAAGAACACAUUAAAAGUUCAUGAAACAGACAAAAGAACUCAUAUAUACAGCCUGGAAAAACUGGAAAAUGGGAAGACUCAUGAUCCACUGUGGAAUGCAGCACAGUUGCAAAUGGUCCAUGAAGGAAAGAUGCACGGCUUCCUUCGCAUGUAUUGGGCUAAGAAAAUCCUUGAGUGGACUAAUUCUCCAGAGGAGGCUCUUAAAUUUACCAUUUAUCUCAAUGAUCGGUAUGAACUGGAUGGGCGGGACCCUAAUGGAUACGUAGGCUGUAUGUGGUCCAUCUGUGGAAUUCAUGAUCAGGGCUGGGCUGAGAGAGCUGUUUUCGGCAAAAUCCGGUUCAUGAACUAUCAAGGAUGCAAGAGGAAAUUUGAUGUGGCUCAGUUUGAACGACGCUAUCAUCCCAAGAACCUUGCUUAAUGCUCUAAAUGUUGUAAAGUAUUGCACGUUACACUCAGGAAAAUUGAAUGCUAUGAUUAUUUGCUGUACUGUUGAUCCAUUUGGGGAGCCGCUGCCUUCAUUAUACAAUACUGUAUGUGUUCCUCAGAACUUUCUAAUGGCAUUAUCCUUGAGCAAAAUGUACUGGUCCAAAACCUCAAGUGCAUUUUCUGUGUAAAGUGACAAGGAAAUUCCACAAGGCCUUACCUGUUGGCAAUAAAUAAAAGGUUUUUGUAAUAAUAUAAGCUCAUGAAUUUAUACAUUAAAUUUUCUACUUCUUGGAGUGCACAUUUUAAAAUGUUUGUAAAUCUGUUUUACAAGUUGCCUGUUACAAUGUAUAGUUAAUAGCACGUUUGUACUUUUCUACCUGACAAUUCUGCUUAUUACAAAGCUUUUUUUUUUCAUAAAAUAUAAAGCAGUA